GGUUGGGCUCGCUUGUAGAGGCCACGCUUGUAAGUUCAAAACACCAACGGUCCCACAGAAACACACCCAGGCUGAGUUGGGAGAGGGCGCUAGACCAGAGGUUGCUGAAAGAGUGUGGAUAAUCUUGAGAAGAUGGCGAUGCGUACGAGAGAUAUGACGAUGGACAUCGCGGCCAAGCAUGUUGAGUUGUUGUUGUGGAGCUCUGAUCCGUUGUUUGAUGGGUUCCCCAACAAGCUGGUAAGAACGACACUGGACAAUACGGUCCAGGACGUGAAGGAAGUGAUCUCGCAGAGGUCAUUUGAGCUGACACAGCAGAAGAAUUUCAACCCUUCUGCGUUGAACCUUUACUACAAGCACAAUGAGCUCUCGCGAUUCAAGGUUUGGGCCCAGUGUAUUGACUUAUCUGACCCGCUGAUACGAAUCAGGGUAGAGUUUGUCCAUGAGAAAUUGGCUGUGCGUGAGAUGGUGCCAUCGAUGGUUGACAUUGGCAUCCGUACAAGUACUGGCAGAGUCUUACAGAUGAGGAAACUCAUGUCCGUUACUGUUAAGGAGUUGAAGUGUGCACUCGUUGACUAUCUUCAUCUUGAGAGUCUUUUCGAUAUCACGUCGUUUGAGUACAACGGCGGUGUCAAAAUUGAGGAUGAUAGCGUCACAUUACACGACCUUUUACAGCAGGAUACUGUUCCCUUUGGUCUUUUGAACUUUUAUGCGACGGUCACUGGUGAUUUCACAGUGAGACUUAUGUCCCCAAGAGAGGGCGUACUACGGACGAAUGAAAUGAGCGUUAACCUUGAUACAACAAUAUUCACCGUUAAGAAGUACAUUUUGGAUAUGUACGCUGGGCUGACGCCAGACUUCACAACCAGUGAGAUCAAGAUUUUGUACUUUGGUCGUAUAUUGGAAGAUGAUACAAGGAUAAGAAACAUCAGCACUCCCAAUACAAUUGCUACGAUGACUCUACACUUUAUUAUCCAAGAGCCAGAUCACUCGAAUGAGCACACAGGCUUCUGGAAGGAUUUACAGAGAGGUAAGAUCUUUGAUUUCUAUCCAAAGGAACCAAAUCCAAACUUUAUGGUUGAACAUCAGAGAAUCAAGAGGUUGAGAGAACAGUUCAAGAACAAUACAGAUAAAGAGGAAUUUUUCCCACAGGAGGAAGCAUUGGAAAACCUGGAACAUUCAACUUUUAUCAACCGGGACAACUUCAGAAACGUUGGAAUAUCUUCGCCAUCGUACUCUGAACUGUCUAGCACUCAAAAUGCCCAUUCCAACAACAGUACAGACGAGCAUCUGCCAGCUGAAGACACGACUAAUGAGCUCAUCGGUACAACGGAUAGUACUGAUUCAUUGGAACAAACUUUGUUUGGAUACGAAUUCACUGUUAAUGAUACGCAUCAACAGGUGAAGCUAUCCACUGACGAGGUCAUUGUCAACAACUCCGAUCCAUCAAAUCCAUACAUUAUGGUUUCUUCAGCUGGUAUGAAGAAAUUGGCUGAACUAGGCAUCUCAAUCGUUGUUCCAAAUGUUGUACAAACUGUCCUUAGGGAAGAACUUGCAGAAGAUGACAACCAUCUUGCUGAUGCGAACAACGAGCAUGCUAAUCGGGGUCAAUUGAACAAUAUACACAUUAGAUUAUUCGAGAGAAUCAGAGAUAAUCUUGAACCGAUCGGUGCAUUUGCAGCAAACACGUUAAUUUUUGUGAUGUUCUACCGUGCAUUGAUCUCACCAUUGGAAGAUAGUGACUAUAUCUAUCUAAUUCAUACUGUUGUUGCAAUUGCGUACCUUUUCACACAUCAACCAAUACGUGAGUUCUUUACACAAUUCAUACACAAUGGAUCCCCACACGUUCGCAACCUGACCCAGAGGGCAACCAGAUUACUGCAUCAAUUGGGAUGGUCCAGGGUCACAAACGGUGCGACACGUCUCGUGGAGCAGGCUAUAGAAUUGGAGAAUUCACAAAGACUACCAAGGUAUCUACAAUAUAUUUAUCCCUUCGCGCUGAGUGUGUUUUUAUGUCUCGUCACCCUCGUACCUUCUGGACACACCUUGACCAAUAGGUUAAUCAAGGAGAAGAAACAACGGGAAGAUGAACUUCUUGCGAGGGCUGCAGAUGCUGAGAGAGCUGAAGAGCACUCACAAACAGGUGAGCUGGGAGAAUAAAGACGUGUAUAUAGGACGUUGGGCUAACACUCCAAUCUGUACAAUCUACAUUUGAUAUGAUGUGGACUAGCUGUAAAACUGUGGCUUUCCCCAACAGCUCAGUAGGGGGAGCAGCUGAGUUCCCGCGCCCGUGGCCUCCUGCGCCAAAGCACACGGGGCAGAACGUUGCCUAUAAAAUUACAUCAUCAUGAACUCUGAACCAAGUCGGCAAAUGGAUCGCAUACUGUGAAGUACGCAUCCCAAGACGAACCCUGUGCUUGAACCGAUGCCAGAGAGUUGGAAUUCAGUGGCAACCCGGGCAGUGUGCGAUUUUACAGGGAAGUGUCUGUGGGUGGUUCUAGGUGGAUCAGAAGAGAAUACUAGCGACGGGAGAUAGGACUAAUGCGCGCAU